AUGACUGUCACUUCCCCGAAGCAAGGUUACACUGGCUUCCGGAAUUUGCGGGCUUCCGGAGCGACGCAGGACCCGGAAGUGGUUAUAAAGGGGGGGAUUAUCCCAGCGAGAGCUAGAACGGAACGCCAGAGUGGGCUCAGCGAAGGACUCGGCGGAGCCGAAGGGCCGGGCCGAGGAGCCGAAGGCCGAGCACCCGAAGGGCCGAGCACCCGAAGGGCCGAGGAGCCGAGGAGCCGAAGGGGCCACCCCGAGCAUUGUCAUUGGCUAGGAAAACGCUUUCUGAUUGGCAGAAGAGUGGCGAACGCGACGACACCGGGCCAGAGGCCAGGCGGUAGGGGCGGCGGUGUGUCGAGACCGCGGGAGGGCCAGGGCUGUCCCGAAUUUACUCCUUGCCUCCUAACGCCCCAGCGGCCGGCGGGGAAGCGCCGCCCCAUGGCUGCGGGGCGCCUCGGCACCUCGUGGUCUCGGCGCGCGCCCUCAGGAGCCCCCUUGUGGGCUGACCCCGUGAGGAGAGAGGCGGCCUCCAGCCCCAGGCGCCCGCGGGGAGCUGGAGCUCGGCAGCGGGGGUCGCGGGGUCCGCCGUGUAGACUCGGAGGCCGGUCCUGGCAGCGCGGGCGGCUCGCGGGAGAGCGUGUGGGUGGAGUCCGAGGGCGGCGCCCCCCGGCGGCUAUGUCGCCGCUUCCUUCGCCUGCGGGGCUCGCGGCCGAGCGCCUCCGCUGCUGGGCGGAUGGGGCCCAGUCGAGACUAGAGGCGCGGCGCUUCUAGGUUUAAGAACGUUCUUCUCGCCCCCCAGUCCGUCCUAGAACAACUUCAGCAGAUACACAGUUUGACAUCACAUACCUGGAAUGUGAUGCAGCUUUCUGUACUUGGGUGGAAAAAAUGGCCUGAGGAGGAAGAUGGUGGUGAAAGUCCUUCCCACCAGAUGAACCCGCCAGUACAAGUGAGGUAUGAAAAUGAAUGAGUGAAGAGGAAGUUAGUUGUAACAGGACUAUUUUUUAUGAAGUGGAAGCUACAAAAUGACAGGGUAUGUAGUUUGAUUUAGGGCAAGAGUGAAGAAUUUCUAAACCUAUACCUAUGAAUGUGGCCAUUGGCUGAGCCUGCACUGAGAUGUGCUCACAGUGUACAGG